AUGGCUUCAAUCAGUAGAUUGACGACAGCUUUGUUUAGUGGAGCUCAGGAGACAACGCUGGCUCUUGCCAACGUGAGCUUCGACUUCUCUAUAAUCAAGAUGGAUCCUCCACCAGAAUACCAAGCCCUUGGUCAGCAUCUUUCUAGGAAGCGUAAACUCGAUGCUGAGGACGGCAAAGCUCAUAUUACCGCUCGUCAAUUGGGAGCAUUGUUUGCAGACGACCUACCAAGGAUUCCUAACCUGAAAGAAGCGUAUGGCCGUAGGGCGUCAGACAUUGUCCGAUGUCCUAAGCUUCAGCCCCUUGGGACAGAACUUACUGGACCUUUAGCCGACUACGUCGGCGCCGACGGAACUUCUAUUUGGGCUGCAGCAACAUCUGGCAGAGGCGCUAUUGAGGCUCAUCUCCUUGCAUGUCUGCUUGCCAGAAUAUGGUCCCCUCCAGAAGCUAUCACUAUUUGGAGUCAACUUGUUGCCGCUAGACAAGCAAUCCUGCGGCAAAGGCUCGAGCAGGAACAAUUUCAUAUCAACCUCCUAACUUCGUCCAAGAUUGACAUCCCACGAGAGAAGUUGGCUGAGUGGGAUGCUAGCGCAAGAUCAUGGUGCCAAGUCGCCGAUCUAGCAAAAGAGGCUCAGCAGAAACAACUGCAGCUAAUUAUUGACAAUCUGGAUUUUCGUGUCCCUGGGAAGCCUACGUUCUAUGAUAGCAUCAUGGACGUGUGGACCAAGUCAUUGAUUAUGAUGGAGAAUUUAGCCUCCGGUGUAGCGCAAACCGAUCCUAGUGGCGAGGCGCUCAUGGCGCUGAAUGCAUGGCAUCUAUAUCCAGAUAUGUAUGUCGUGGCUGACGGCGCCCCACAAUCCGACAUACGCCAAAAUGAUUAUCUUGUUCCCCGAGGGGGCCUUCUUACCGUUGGAUUACAUGAGGGAUCUAUCAGUGGCCCACCAGGGAUUACUUGGUCAAUGCCCUUAGCCCAUCUCCGGUAUUACGGGAACCCUCUUCUCUGUCAGCGUACGCUUCAUUCAAGUUCUUCUCGUGUCUCAUUUCGCCAGCUUCUGCAGAUUGCAAUGGGAAGUCUAGCCAGUGAGUGGCACCUCAAAGGCUCAAAGGCAAUCAAUCUGGCCGAAUGCAUAGUCGCUUUGCGCAACGAAUGCACCAAAAGUUACGACAUGCCUACUAAUUGGUUACACCUUUUCGCAGAAGAGUCACAGGAUUAUCUUUCAUUGCCAGAAAGCGCCCGCAAAGCCACCGAUUACUACAUUAAUCUUGGCCGACGACGUCCUCACUGGGUUGCAAACAAAGGGAAGCACCCUCUUCCAUGUUUUGGUCUGAGUGAUCCAGCCUUUUAUCUUCCACAAAUGAACACUGAGGAACAGGUUCGGGCCUUGAGGAAAAUCUCAGCAACCAUGAUGACUCAAGAUGACAUGGAGUCUGCGAUUAUCCGUACAGUCCGACAAGACCUUCAGACAACAGAGUACGCCAGCGUUGCCCCUCAGUAUCUCAGACACUCAACAAAAGCUUUCCACCGUCGUUGGAUACUCCUACGUGACUUUUUCGAAGGCCAUGAGAAGAUGCCAUACGAUUACCACAUUUCAACCCAUGUUCUAGGCACUGACGCGUCCGCAAAUGUCGUGUAUGAAGAUAAGCUAUUUGGUAAUCGAUCGUCGAAUACAACAGACUCGUCGAUAAGGCGCUCGAUAGAAAUCAUUGUCGGAGCUGGCGAGCUGUGCGGUUUUCUUUACAAUUCUUCGGUUGACGAUGCUGACUCGCCGGCCCCAAUCUUCCGGUGGGAAUCUCCAAAAUCCCCACUUCCACCACUAGCUCUGGAUGAUUUGCAUCCUUUUGCCCGCCAAAGUAUCAACGAGCGGGACGAGGCCAAGAUGCUCAAAGGCUGGCGACUUGGUCAGCUCGCCCACGUCUUUGACAAUCAAAACUAUGUCUGCAUGUUUGGCGAUCCUGCCACGUCGGCUGUCUUUAUACCUAUGUCAAACAACUAUCAGGAUCAGCUGCCUGUCAAAUAUGAUCUUUCAUUCCCAACCGAAAAGGUCGUUGAACAAUUACAAGUUGGCUGCUUCGACUCGAAAUGGCUACACACGUACCUACGGAACCUGCGCACGUGUAACGAUAAGCGCUAUAACGACUAUUUCAACUCCCUUGAAGCACUCGCUGGGGCAGCUGAAAUCUAUGAGGUCAUGCCUAACGCUGAACUUGAAAUUAAGUCUUGGAAAGGCUUGCAUUCGUUCUUCUGGUCAAGAGCCCUUUGCAGCAACCAGUUCAAAAUGAAAAGAGAAAUUGCGAUUGCGUGUGUCAGCUCGUUUGAGACAGGCCACCUAGAUCUUGAGCCGGAUAAGCUUCGUUCCGUAUUCGCCAUCUCUUCAGGGAACUCGAUAUAUGCAAUUGAGGGAAUAUUCCAAGAUCCAUGUCACCAUUAUCCCCUUCACCGCCUUCGCCACGUUAUUGGGAAUGUGGGCAAACCUGGUCUAGGAUUUCUCACGUCAAGCCAACAUUUAGACAGCCCAGAACUUGACCCUGAAGACCUGAAAUUUGUAAACACCAAUGUUUUCGACGGCAAAUACGAAAACAAGUUCACAGCCACCUCGCUCCAUCUCUGGCUGACUGGCUACGAGCGACCUCUGGACACGCAGAUUUCCGGAGCUCGGGAUAAAGAAUUUUUCUUUCUGGAGGCAGUAAUAUCGGCUUGUGAAGGAGGCAAGAAGGUCGCCGACAUUGAUCUGCUGAAGGUCAUUCAAGAUAUUCAACUUCCCGUUUAUCCCGAUAAUGUAAUCCUGCGCCACCCCGAAUUGCACUUUCUCCCCAGCAAGUGCACACACGACGAUGAGCAAAGACUAGACUCUUCAAUAUUUGGAGAGCUAAUAUCGCUCGACAACUGGUUCGAGGUCCUAGACCUGCCCCCAAAUUCUGCAAUCAUCCGAGCAAAAGGCAACUGGCUAGCCAGAUUAGCUCUUGCCGCUUUCUGCGUUCAGAAGCAGCUGCAUCUGAUGGUCUUCUCCGAUCAUCUCGAAUCCCUGAAACACAUACAGGAUUUCUCGAUCGCCAACAAGGUAUUCUACACCAAUUUCAUUACGUUCAUGAUUAAUGCUAAUGUAGACAAAGGGUUUACACCACCUAGAGCACUUGGUCGAAGAGGGCCUGGACCACUGCUAGAACCGGAUGAAGAUAUUGACCAAUUUGGAUCGACAGAUGAAGAUAGAAGAACAUCUGAUAAACCCAGUCGAAGGCCUACUGGACUAGUGCUAGAAUCAGAUGAAGAUGACGAUCUUUCGCUCGAAAUAACAGAUGAUGACCAAUCAGCAGAUGAGGAUCUAGGCACACUUGAGGAUGUAGCAACAUUCAAGGGUGAGAGGGGCGCCACAGAGGAGGAGAUGCAGCCCAAAAAGCCGGAUAAAGUGUCGCAAGCGCAAAAGGAACUAAAAGGUGAAAGUAAUCCUAAGAAGCGCAAAGCAGCAGGAGGAUCGAAGCCCCCUCCAACGCCCAAGGAUGAAAAGAAGCGCAAAUUGAGGAAUAAAGAGCAAAGUGACUACGACAAGACCUAUCGUGCCAACCUAACGCCAGACGAGAAGAGAGCUCGAUUGGACCAACGCAAUAGGGAUGAUAGAGCGAAACGCCAGAAUGAAUCGGAAGGAGAAGCGGAACGCAGGCGGGAGAAACGCCGAUUGAAUGAAAAGAGAAUGAGGAAAGAGAAGAAGGAGGAGAGGGAGAAGGAAAAGGAAAAGGAAAAGGAAAAGGAAAAGGAAAAGGAAAAGGAAAAGGAAAAGGAAAAGGAAAAGGAAAAGGAAAAGGAAACGAAGCAGAAAAAGAACAAGAAGAAGGAGCAAGAUGAGAAGAGGGAGAAGGAAAAGGGAACGAAGCAGGAAACGAACAAGAAGGGAAGACGCUAG